GUAAGGCGGCGGCGCGAGGAUGCGUGACGUCACGUGCGCCGCGCCUCACGCAUGCGCUCACGUAUUGAGCGCGGCAUGUGCCUCUCGCAGCCGGCCGACCCCUCAGCCCGACAUAUUCACUUUUUUAUUUUCCUACUGAACGUACUCCGCCGUGACGCCUCGGUUUUCACGUUGAAGACAACAAGAGGCGCAGAUCCGGUGCGUUCGCUCCAGACGCUUGGCCGCCCUCCGUUGACGGCCGCCCACCGCGCCGCUUAGUCUGAUCGAAUCCAAAAUGGCAGGACUACGGCUCCGGGUUCCUGCGUGGGCCCGUCUCUGACCUACAGAUUGGGUUCGCGAGCGAUAUGUGCCCCUUCACUUAAAUGUUACGCAAGUUAGAGUCGGAGUGGUUUCGAGAAGGUGUUUCGGUUAUCAAUCGAACUGACACGAAGAGUCCCUGGUGCAGUGAAUUUAGUGGCUCAUGUAAUCCGAGCCAGGACAAGCUUUCACCGAAAUGAGCGGUUAUGGAGCAGGCGCCAUGGCCACGACCGGAGGCACCGACACAGACUCACUGUCGAGACGCUUGCGUCAAGCCGAGCGUGCCAGGGCCGACGCGGAGAGAGCACAUGCCGACGCACUUGCCCAGCUACGUUCGGCGCAAACUUUGCCCUUAGACGCCCAUAAUAUCGAACAACUACAAUCCAGAGCUAGGGAGCUCGAGAAAAAAGCAGCUUUGGAGACAGUGCGCUGUGAGGAACUUCAACUGGAACUGUCGACAGCGCUGCGAGCCCGCGGCACUACGACAUCGGCGACUUGGACUCAAUGUACACAGCCUGGAUAUGAAAUAGAACGAAUUAUGGCGAAAAUUGAACAGGAUAAUCGUAUUCUAGCUGAAUUAGAACAGCCAAGAUCUACUACUACUACACAUGCGAUACAACCAAGUGGAUCGACCCAGGCACUUGGAGAGUUCCAUUCGCCGACACCGUCGCCUCUGCCUCAUAUUUAUGGAAAUACAGCUGGUCAUGUAGCCAUUUCUCAAAGCAACACCAUGCCGACGCUGUCCGCAUUCCAUGGAGCAAACCAAUUUAGCGCCCCUAGUUCGAAUUCCGUUGGCUACUCGAUGAGCGCUCACAACCCUACGUAUGCCAAUCAAGCCUCAACAUAUUCCGCUAACACAUACGGAUUGACAAACACUCAUCAAGUCACAUUUACUAAUCCAGUGACAGCGCCCCUAGUAAAUAGCAUCGGUCAAAUAACCAGCACUCUGGCUGGCUUACAGAGCAACCUUCAGAAUAUAACUGGGAAUGUGUCAAGCCUGAAUUUAGGCGGAACGCUUACCGGACCAGGUAUGACGGGUACAAUAGCGGGCACAGGAUUAACAAAUUUGAACAGCGCACAGACAAAUUUGCCGGGACUGACGAACACGUUAAGCGGGAUACAAUCAACACUUACUGGAACCUUGGGAAAUACUUUGAACAGUUUGACUGGUGGACCUCAGCUCGGAGCGUUGAAUACUAGUUUGACAGGAACGAAUGCGUACGGAACUGGGAUCUAUACAAAUCCACUUCUAUCGGCUUUGACAUCACAUCCUUUGUGUAUAAAAUUAAAACCUUUAGAUGACAUAGAUUUGAGUUUAGGUAGAUACGGAACGAGUAGUAGUAGUGGAGCCGGCAGAGCAGCGACUCCGGUUACGCCCCAUCAGCCCUCAUGGAACCUAGGUUUAGAUAGCCAAUUCGGAACUGAUAGGUUAGGGGCCUUAGAAACAGCGUUUAGUCAUGACCGAAAUCGAGCUUUAUCGAGGAUUCUUCCUAAUUCAGCAUUAGAUAUGGAUGUUCGAAAUUCACUUUACAUGAACGGGGCAUCCGCUGAAACGGUGGACAUGUUGGAUAUUCCCGGACGAGGCCGUUGUUGCGUUUACAUAGCACGUUUCUCCUACGACCCUCCGGAAAUCGAAAGCGCAGAGGGCGAAUUAUCGAUUUCGGCGGGUGAUUAUUUAUUAGUAUGGGGCGCGCCGGAUCCAAAUGUAACAAUGUUGGAAGCGGAAAUGUUAGACGGGCGUCGCGGUCUUGUGCCAGUUAAUUUUGUUCAGAGACUAGUGGGAGAGGAUCUUUUAGACUUCCAUCAAGCUGUGGUGACGUCGAUGCGAGAUGUUGAUGAGUCUGCGACGACUGCGGUCAGUGAAUUGUCUCUUAGUAGGGACGUCGCUCGACUUAGUGAAACGGCGGACAUUAAUGAGGGUCCUGAAGAUGACGACAAUGAGCUGUUUUUCUCGUCGCUAGUGCCCGCGCCGCGGCAGCUCAACCUCGAGAGGCAAUUGAAUAAGUCCGUGCUGAUCAGCUGGAUCGCGCCGGACGGAGUUCAACAGGCGAACAUCGAGAGCUAUCACGUGUAUGUCGAUGGAGUCCUCAAAACUACUGUGAAAGCUACAGAACGCACGAGGGCCCUUGUCGAAGGAGUCGAUGCUGGUCGCCCUCAUAGAAUAAGCGUGCGUUCCGUAACUGCUUCACGGAGGACAUCACGUGAUGCUGCUUGCACGAUGGUCAUAGGAAAGGAGACUGUUAACAUGGGCCCAACUUGUGUCAGGGCUAGUGGAGUGACUUGUUCUCAAGCCGUCAUUUCCUGGUUGCCUGCCAAUUCUAAUCAGCAGCACAUAGUUUGCGUUAACAAUGUUGAGGUGCGGCUAGUGAAAGCAGGUGUCUAUCGGCAUACCAUUACGGGACUUUCACCCAGUACUCAGUACAGAGUAACAGUACGGGCCAAAAAUGGGAAGACUCUCCAGCCUUCGGGAAUACCCGCAGAAGAAGCUCCAGGCGCUUACACGGACUUUAGGACUCUACCCAAAGGCUUACCGGAUCCGCCCAAUGAAAUAAUGGUGGAGGCCGGCCCGCAAGACGGCACUCUGCUGGUGACGUGGCAGCCGGUACAGCGUCCGCCCGCCUCUGGACCUGUAACCGGAUACGCUGUAUACGCUGACGGAAAAAAGGUCACGGACGUAGACUCGCCGACCGGUGACCACGCUCUCAUCGAUAUCGGCAAACUGAUCGGCCUCAAUCCCAAAUGUGUUACCGUUCGUACAAAAUCGCGCGACAGCCAAUCCAGUGAUAGUGUACCGACGCCUAUUCCGCCUGCGGUAUUACGGGGCGUCGUAUCGAGAAUGCCUCGUGGUGCAGUCGCGCCGGUCUCGAUUCAGCCGGGCACGUACAGGGGCCCUCAGCGACCGCAGCCCUAUCAGCAACAGCAACAAGUCAUUGAGCAUGACGAAAAUUUAUCAGAUAAGGAAAUAUUCCCAAACAAUAACCGCCACGAUCAGCAGCCAGCCCAGCCUACGAGUGGAUUCGGCACUGGCCUCCUAAAGAGUAUAUUCGACAAAAUAACCCCUUCGCAAUCGGGAAUACCGGCCAUCGAAAUCACUAAAGAAGGCGCGACGGAGCUGGGUAGCGAGGAUGGGGAGGCGACGCGCCACCGGCCGCAGCAGCAACCGUCCCAACCGGCGCAGGCGUCGCAACCGCCUUCGGGUCAGCAGUACCCGAAUACACCAGCGUACCAUGGCACGCAGCAACCGCCGUAUCCUCAAGUCGCCCAGCUCCCAAGUAACCAGCAGGGUCAGUACCCUAACCAGCCGCAGCAGUACCAGAAUCCACCACCAAGGACACACCACGAAAGAGGACGACCACCGAAUCCUCAGCAGCACGGGCAGCCAAGCGGGAUGCAAUUGCAAGGACGAGGGGCAGCGGCUGCGGGUGGCGCGGUACCUCGUGGCCCGCAACCGGGUCAACGUCAUGGACCCCAGAGCCACGCUCAAUCCAAACGCAGCCGCUUCUUCAUCGCGCUCUUUGAUUACGAUCCAGUUACAAUGAGUCCGAAUCCAGAGAGUUGUGACGAAGAAUUGCCCUUCAGCGAGGGUGACACAAUAAAGGUAUGGGGGGACAAAGACGCUGACGGUUUCUACUGGGGCGAGUGCCGAGGCCGACGCGGAUAUGUGCCGCACAACAUGGUUAUGGAAGUUUCCGAACAAGAGGCCACGGGGCAACCUGCCGCCAAGCCAAGAGACCGAUGGACCGACGCCUAUGCUAAUCAACCCGUUCGAAGAAUGGUCGCUCUCUAUGACUAUGAUCCGCAAGAGCUGAGCCCCAAUGUAGAUGCCGAUGCGGAAUUAAGUUUCCAGACUGGUCAAAUUAUCCACGUUUACGGUGAUAUGGAUGAUGACGGUUUCUACAUGGCUGAAAUCGACGGAGUCCGAGGACUGGUCCCCAGCAAUUUCCUCACUGACGCCAACGAACAGUAUACCAAUGCCGGACAGAGUAGUCAAGUUGGCGGCCCAAAUAUGCGCGGAUCGGGCGGGGUCGCAGGGCGCGGUAGGGGCAUGGGCCCGGGGGCGUCCGGGGGGCCAGGGGGCUCUGGGCCGCCGGGACCGGGGGCGCGCGGGCCCCCUCCCCCUCCGAGAGACAAUGUUGCCCCCGCGCCCCGCAACCAUCACCGUAAGACAGAUGCCUGCCCUCUUCCCCCUUCUCAAUUAGACCACAACACAUGCGCCAGUAAUCCAGAACAGGCGAAUUCUCAGGCGAGGGGGAGAGGCGCGUCGAGCGGACAGCCCCCGAACACGAUCGCGCGAACGAGCGCUGGUAAUGCGGGCACCCCCACCGUCCAGUCGCCCGGCAACGCACCCCCCAGCGGACCCCCCACCUCCAACAACUCCGCGAGCACUCCGCUUAAUGCGACCGGGCCCACUAGCACAACGACGGGGGGUCCUACGGCGCAAACAACUACCAGACGCGGAGGUCCAGCGGUCGUGCCUUCCGCGCAGCCCCUCACGCCGGCGCAGCCCCCCUCAUCCCAGCCCAACCUGAUGCAGAAGUUCUCCGAAAUGACGGCACCCGGUGGCGACAUUCUUAGUAAAGGCAAAGAACUGAUCUUCAUGAAAUUCGGUCUCGGUGGUAAAUAAUGUCGGUCGCAGGGGGUCGCGGCGUGCGACUCCCGCCGCGCUGUCUCGUCCACUCCCCCGGUGCCCUGGUACUGGCUGGUACUCCUGCGGCUAAUCCAAACUAUCUAUCCGGCUCUUCGUGGAGCUUGUAUUUAAUUUAGGCAUGUUGUAAAUAGUUAUAUGCAAUACACGCACAGUAUAGUGGAUAUCUGAUCGUUAGUGCUAUCUCGGUAGAUUCAUGGAUGGAGCUCAGACAUCUGGGAAUAGUUGUACCUAUAUCUAAAGCUUCUCUAUCUCCGAAGUUUGCUCGUUAACUACUUAGGUUAGAAAUAAAUAUGAAUUAUAUCAUUGUUAUUGUUUAUGCGAUAGUAGAGUUUGACUUGUGUUAUUUCUUGCGUAGAAUAAGAAAUUAUAAUGUUACCGUCUAGUUGUUACUUCAUAUUCCUUACGGUGUAGUCUUGUUGUAAUUUUCUAAUUUACGUUUUAAAUCUAGCUAGCUGUGUGAAUAGCCCUUGAAAAUAUUAUAAAACAGCGGAACAAGAAUGUGAACUUCCUCUAAAGUCUGAUCUCACGGAAAAAUUACGAUUAGUUAUUGUUGUUUAUGAUAAAUGUUUUGUUAACGCUAAUCUUUGUACAAUGCUAUGGUGCAACCGUCCCUUUUAAAUAAACGGAAUCGAUUUAAAAAAAUAUCGAUUGACUUUUAAUCGACGUUCGGCGGUCAUGAUCGUCAAUGAAAAAUAUUGUAUGGAAAGCAGGAACACGUAUUUUAUUAUUUAUAGAAAUUUGCAAAAGUGAAGUGUUGAAAAGUUUGAAAGCUAAUUUUAAAAAAAAUGACGUCAUAAUUUCACUUUCAUCUCGAUUCCAUGCUGUCAGUAAAAUUUAUAUACCUUAAAAUCGAUUAAGUAAUUGAAUCCCUUUAAGGUAUAAUAAUUAUUCUCGAAUAGAAACUAAGAUACUGUGAUAGUAGACGUGAUACCAUCUAUAUUCUAAUUGUACUAUACAUUUACUUCACACAAAACAUUCUCGACUGCAUUGGACAGGAAAUUCGUUCGCAUUUUUGCCAUUUGAAAUUGAACUUUAUAUUCGAAGAAGAUGUACAAUAACUUGUCAUUUAUUGUGGCAAUAGAUAAUCGUGUAUCGAUAAGAACUAUAUUACGAAGGAAACUUCAUAUAAUAGUUACUUUUCUUACGUAUCCAAAAGCCGUAGACGUAAUUAAACACGUCUAACGUUUAAUCUGGUAUUAGGUUCAUAAUAAAAAAAAACAUUUAUGACAAAGGCGAAUUAACCCAAUGACAAGACUGCUUGCAUGGAGAAGAUAUUUUAUAUAAGUUAUAAAUCAAUAAUGCAUCACUGAUGUGUUUUGAUUUCAAGUUAGAAAUUCAUUACCAAAAUAAUAUCACGUACACUUAAUUAUUUUAAUAAAUGAUCACCAUAAUAAAUAAUGUUUGACUGCGUAAUGAAUAAUCGUAAUCAAACAUAAUUCAGUAAUUUAUUCCGAGAUAAUUAUAAUAUUCAAUAUGAAAUGUUUAAGUAAUUCUAAAAAUUGUUGUACAUAUUGAUCAUCGGGAUCGCUUGGGUUCUUAGACUAUGUAUUUCGAAAUUGCUCACUUCGUACAAGAAUAAUUUUAAGUCCUUUAAAUCUCUAUAAUAUAUCUACAUAACAAAUACGUUACGUAAAUUAUAUAACAUAUAUUUAUUCCCGUGUUAACGUACAGCUUGCGAUUAUUGAAAUUAUAAAAAAAAACUUUAACUUUUCGUUAAUGCAUAACCCCACUCUUUAGUCCAAUAUUAUUAUAAAAAAUAUACAAUAAUAUAUUUAAAAAUUGCGUUGACAACGCGUCCGCGUGGGGUGAAAUGUUCUUAGCUAAGCACUGCGCGACAUAUCUACUUUAUAAGAUACGUAUAAUAUAUAUAUAUUUAAUCUGUAUUCGAAUUUCCUAUUAUCAAACUUAUAACAAAUAGCACUUAUUCUAACACCCUUUGAAGUUGUUCUUCUAUUUAUACAUUGUUAUAAAACCGUAUCUAUUAACACGAUAUGUGUAUGAUUGCAUACGCGUUAUUAUAUAUGAAAAAAAUAUAUAUUAUGUAUAUUAAUCGUGCGUUUACAUAUAAAUAAACAUCAUUUAAUGUGAAGAGUUGUAUAUUAUAUACUUAAUUAAUUAUGACAAAACACUAUGAUAUAUGAAUCUUGAACAAUGUACCAAAAAAAUAUUAAUAAUAUGCUGAGAAAAAAUAAAUAAUUUGAAUGCUGCUUCUUUA